AUGAUAUCAAAUUACAGUAUUGAAGAAUUAUGUGAAAACAAUUCAAAUUUAUUAACAUCUAUUCGAGCAAUUAUGUUAACAGAUAUAUACAGAGCAGAAGAUAGAAUUAAAAAAACAAAAUAUGCAUAUGGAUUCUUAAUUACAUUUUUUGUUCUCUUAGCAUUUAUUAAUAAUUUCUUAUGUUUAUAUACUUUAAUAUUAUCAAAAAAGAUUGGAAUAACAUCAUUAGGUAUUUAUUUAAUUUUCUAUUGUAUUGUAAGUUUAAUAACUAUGAUUGGUAUUGAAAUUGAUUUGAUUAAUAUUUUAUAUUUUGAUCAUAAUACAUCAUCGACUUCUCUAUCACACAUUCAUCGAAUAUUCUAUCGUCAUAUAAUUACAAAUCCACUUAUGAAUAAUUUAGAAUUAUGUGUAUUUACUCCAUCAUCAUCAACUAAAAUAAUUGAUAAUCUAGUUGAAAUGUUACAUUUACUUGGUCCAUGUUUAAUUCACUUUCUCUGUGCUAUUUGGGUAUUAUUUCGAAUUGUAAAACAUAAAAUAUAUCUUAAUUAUCAUAUUCGAACAACACCAACUCAAUGGUUAUCAAUAUGGAAACAACAAAUAUAUAAUCAUAAAGAUUUUUUUAUUCCACCACUAUUAAUUAUUAUUUGUAUAAUGCCACAUGUGAUUAUAUUUCAUCUACUAAUAACAUGUUCGGAUACUUUAUUUCGAAUGCGUUUAAAUAUUAUUCUCAAUUUUCUCGUACAUAUACCAGAAAUAUUUACAUUCUUCAUAUAUGUUUAUCCAUCAAAAAUCUAUUGGGAACAAUUUUUACAGACAAAAUUUGGAGAAUUACUACGAUGUUACUGUUGUUUUACAAAAGUACAACAUAGAAACAGAAAACUUUAUUUUUAG